AUACUGUAUGUUCUUGAAUAAAAAAAGAUCGCUCAGUUAUCGACUUAUUGAGUCUAGAUAACAGAAAGUUUUCUCGACUGAUCUGGUCUUAACAGAGGCGGAAGCUCCCCUAAACAAUUGCUGAGUUGAACUGAGCGUGAGCAGCAGCCUGCACCGAGCUAACUAACCGCUCCUAGCAGCCUGACACAAACCGAGCUAACUAACCGCUCCUAGCAGCCUGACACAAACCGAGCUAACUAACCGCUCCUAGCAGCCUGACACACACAGAGCUAACUAACCGCUCCUAGCAGCCUCUCUACACAGCGGGCAGUCCGAAAACCGGAAAUGUCCGCCGGGGCUGUGCUCACCGUCCGCCUGGUCAGGUCCUUCGAGCACAGGAACUUCAGACCGGUGGUGUUCCACUCUGUCAACCUGGAGAACACGGUACUGGACUUCAUGCAGCUCGUGAGAGACGACAUAGCAACAAGGCCUGGGCUCCCUCCACCUUUUAGGAAAUACGCUUAUGACACGAUGAAGAUUAUCCACCAAGCACAUGGAGCAAAGACUAAUGAGUUGGUGAUGAGUUUAGAGGACGAUGAAAAGCUCAUUCUGCAAAAUGAACAAACCCUACGAGCUGCUGGCAUUGCAAAUGAAACAGAAGUGGCCUUCUUCAGGAAAGAAGACUACGGUCUCUUCAAAGCAAAUCCCCAAACUGCUUGGUAACCAGUACUUUGUCUACUGUUUACUUUAAUAACUACAGCAGAGGGGCGUUCUAAUGGGACAGAGGUCAAUGGGAUAUCCAGAAUGGAACCAUCAUGUUUUAAUUUGGGGGUUGUUUUUCAAAUAUAAUUUUCAACCACCCUGGCAUGCCCUUUUAUUUUAAAUGUUUUAUUUUUCUUCUCAUUGUGUCCAUGGACAUUAGUUUCUGAUAUUGUUUAUAAAUGUGCUGAAUAAAGUUAUCUGACAGAUGA